GGCUGGGAGGGUCGUGCUGCAGCCGGUGAGCCGCUAUGAGUGAGUGAAGCUGAGCUCCCCGGUCACUCACUGCAUGCUGGACCCGGGGCUGAGUGAGGAGACAUGGCCUGCAUCCUCAAGAGGGGUCCUGUUUUAGCCGUCACUUCAGUGUCAGUAUUUUUCUUUCUAAUUGUUCUCCGGCUAAUUAACGAAGUAAACUUCUUGAGGUUGCUCACCUGCUUUGGACAGACCGGUUCCGGCUGCGCUCCUGUCUCGGAGUUCCAGCGCCAAGCACUGACGCAUCACGGCGGCUACAUUAACAUCAAAACACGCGAGCCUCUGCAUAUAUACUGUGACCUUUGUGCCAUUGUGUCGAGUUCAGGACAGAUGACUGGUCAGAAGAUGGGACAUGAGAUUGACCAGUCUUCAUGCAUUUGGAGAAUGAAUAAUUCGCCCACCAAAGGCUAUUCUGAAGACGUGGGAGAAAAGACCACAGUCCGGGUGGUGUCUCACACUAGUGUGCCUCUCUUGUUAAAAAACCCUGACUACUUUUUCAAGGAAACCAAUAACACCAUCUAUGUUAUAUGGGGUCCUUUCAGAAACAUGCGGGAGGACGGCAAGGGCAUCGUGUACAACAUGCUAAAAAGAACUGCAGAAAAAUACAGCAACGCCAAGAUUUAUAUAACAACAGAAAAACGCAUGGAUUACUGUGACUUUAUUUUCAAGGAGGAGACUGGAAGAGAUAGAGUCCAGUCAGGGUCUUAUCUCAGCACCGGUUGGUUCACCUUGAUCCUUGCCAUAGAAGCGUGUAAUAAGAUCCAUGUCUAUGGAAUGAUAAACGACACCUACUGCAGGAUGGAGGGCUCUAGGAAGGUGCCUUAUCAUUACUAUGAGCCCGGAAGAUUUGAAUGUGAGGAAUAUCUUCUACAUGAAAACGCACCAUAUGGAGGACACCGGUUUAUUACCGAAAAAAGAGUGUUUGCCAAGUGGUCAAAGCAGCACAAUAUAACCUUCACUCACCCUGACUGGACAGUAUAACCAUCACUCGUCCUAACUGGACUGUAUGACCCCCGUUGACCAAGCUGGCAGUGAAACCUCCACUCACUCUGACUGCCAAUAUGAUGUCCACUCAGUCAGGCUAUUCACUGUAACCUCUAUUUUGACUGGAGAGUGUCACCACCAUUACCUCCGACUGACAGUAUUAACUCUACUCAACCUGGCUUGACCAAGAAUAUACCGUAAAACCUCCAUUCUGAUAGACUGUGUUACCUCCGACAUCAUGAAGGACCAUGUGAGCUCAUAAAUUCCACUCACCCGGACGACACAAAGUAAUCUUCCUCUAUCCUGACUGUACGUUGUUGUUUGGAUUUGAGCCUCGAAGCUUUACUGUCUUAUUGAUCAACGAACCAGCUUUCCGUGAUGCCUGGAAGUAUAUAGACAAAUUCAAAAAUCAGGAAUAUCUUAAAGAACUUGUUUCUAGAAGACACUGUGUCAAAAAUGAGUAUACUUGAUUAUGACAGGAGUGAUUUAUCUCUGAUAUCAAUUCUCUGAACACCAUCUCUGGUGAAAUAUAGAAAGAUAAUCCCAAAUGUGAAGAUUUCAUGAAGCUGACUUUGUAUGGACUGAGAUAGGAACGUGCAAUAUUUAACAAACCUUGCAAGGCCAUCAGUGUUCUUUAGCAGCUGAAAAAAUAAAUCUGUGAACAAAUACUUGACCGAAAUAUGCUCUUCGCACACAAUGAACUUGUCUUGUCUAAGCAUUAAAUUGAGAAUAAUCCUCUAUAUUUUCUUUUAUACCAAGCAUGGAUUAAUGUAACAAACAAUUAUUUUUAUAUCAACUUUUAUAUGAUAAUGAUUUUAUACAAUUACAUAUACACAGUACCUCUCUUCAUUUAUCAUAAAUUUAUGUGUAAUUUUUUCCAUAUUUAUAUGUUGCGUUUGUUUAUAUAGAGAUAUUGACAGUACUGGGUGUACUUCUGGAACGUCAGUUUAUCUAUUGGUUGCCAAAUGGACUUUUGUGUGUUUAAUUUUACUUGUUGUUUUAACUUGUGUUUACUUGGCUGUUUACAUUUUGUUUAAUUUGUUUUUGCAAAAAUAUCCAAACGUAAUCUCUCUGGCUCAGAGCGUUAGUUAGAAACUUUGGGUGGGAUUGUCGUUAAAUUGUCCGCGAGGUUUCCAUGUCGGGACAUGAUUUAAACGCGAACUCAGCAGGCAAAGAGCCAAAUUUAACAUAAAUUCUUCUGCAAACAGAUCUCAGUAGCUGAUUUUAUCUGUUAAUUAAGAUGCAGAUGCUAUCUCUAUAUAACAGUCUAAUUAAGUGUUCCUUGACGAUGGUUCAAGUGACAUUAGCAAUAGGUAUUUUAGCACAAUUUAACUAUAACUUCACAUUUGACAAUAUCUAUUAUAAACAUUUGCUACUCUGACCCUGCAAAUGUCCACUAGAUUAAUAGUUCUAGGUGGCUUCAAGGAUAAACACAGGCCUGAUUAUAAAAAAUUCACUGAUAUCACUGCAUUUUCAUGCAUUCUGGUUUUAAUGAACUGUGUGUCGCAUUGAAAGUCCAAAGUUUUUUCAAAUUUAUUUCCUGA